AACACUUCAUUUUCGAAGUGUCUCUAUCCACGGCGGAGCGCCUCCACCGGAAAAACUCUCCGGCGAUAGUGUCGGUUCGGUGCUCCGAACCUUAUCCUUCGCCGGCGCGAUUGCAGAUUCAAUUGCUUCAUUUCAUUUUCUCAUUCUAGUUGAUUGAGUUCGGAGAUUUCGACUUUAUGGUGCGUCGGUGUAUUAGGCUAAAGGUGGUGAUUUGCAUUACCCAGUGGGUGGUGGCACCGUGAAUCGUUGAGUCAGAUUAUUGUUGUUUUCAAUCAUCAAAGAGCGAAAUGUCUUUUCAGCAUAAAAGCUUUUGGAUGCUACGGGAUGCUGGCUGCUUGGCUGAAGAAAAUGUGGGAUAUGAGAAUUCUUCCAGAAUUGAACCAAAGAGAAGUCAUCAGUGGUUUAUGGAUACAGGUGAGGCAGAAAUAUUCAGCAACAAGAAACAAGCAAUUGAAGCUGUUAGUGGCAGGCCAAUUUCAGGAGUUUCAACCGUGAAUGUUUCCCAAUGGGAAACCAAUACAGGAUUUCACUCAGUCACAGGUCAGUUUUCUGACCGCCUUUUUGGAUCUGAUCUUGUUAGGACUGCUAAUUUGGUUGAUAAGAACAUGUCAUCAAUUGGAAGUGGAAAUCCAAACAUGGAAAGGAAGGAUUUUGAAAAUCAAUAUGGUAAUGAUCCAUCUGUGGGGUUGUCAAUAUCUCAUUCCAUAGCAGACCCUUCAGCAUGUUUAAAUUUUGGUGGCAUCAGAAAAGUUAAAGUUAAUCAAGUCAGAGAUUCUGACAACUGCAUGCCUGCUGCAUCUAUGGGCCACUCCUAUAGUAGGGCUGAUAGUAGUACCAUUUCAGUAGGUGCUGGCUACAAUAAGAACAAUGGAAAUAUUUCAUUGGGCUCAACUUAUAACAAUGGAAAUGACAACGCCAUUGCUAUGGGGACGAGAAUAAGUAAGACUGAUGACAAUCUCCUUUCAAUGGCUCACACCUUCAAUAAAGGGGAUGGAAAUUUUAUGUUGAUGGGCCACAACUAUGGCAAGGGAGAUGAAAGUAUCUUAUCAAUGGGUCAGCCCUUUGAUAGGGGAGAUGGAAAUUUCAUAUCAAUGGGUCAAUCAUAUGAAAAGGAAGACGGCAGUUUAAUAUCUCUGGGUACCUCAUAUACCAAGGGGCACGAGAGCUUUAUAUCAAUGGGUCCAACCUAUGGUAAAUCAGGAGAAAAUUUCAUAUCCGUUGCUCCUUAUGACAAGGGCACUGAUCAUAUAAUAUCAAUGGGUCCAACAUAUGAUAAGGUGGAUUCUAAUAUCGCACCAACCGUUCCAUCAUAUGACAGGAGAGAUUCUAGUUCUUUACCUGUGGGUCAGAACCACCACAAGGGUCAGAGCAGCACCAUAUCUUUUGGAGGUUUUCACGAUGACCCUGAACCAAAUCCCUCUGGUGGAAUCAUCAGUGGAUAUGAUCUCUUGAUAGGAAGCCAGAACUCAGCUCAAGGUUUGGAUAGCCAGAAGGAUUUGACUGAGUCGAACUCUGAAUCACUUGUAAAUAGCAUUCCAAAACCCAAUACUAAAAAUGAUACUGUUGCCAAGAACAAAGAGCCAAAGACAACCAAGAAGGCUCCUCCUAACAACUUCCCUUCAAAUGUCAAAAGUUUGCUGUCAACUGGUAUUUUUGAUGGUGUUCAGGUGAAAUAUGUUUCAUGGUCACGGGAGAAAAAUCUCAAAGGAAUCAUAAAAGGAACUGGUUAUUUGUGUUCAUGUGAUGACUGCAAGCAGUCAAAGGCUCUUAAUGCAUAUGAAUUUGAGCGUCAUGCUGGUGCCAAGACAAAGCACCCUAACAAUCACAUAUACUUUGAGAAUGGAAAAACCAUCUAUGCUGUUGUUCAAGAGUUGAAAAACACUCCGCAGGAGAUGCUUUUUGAUGCAAUUCAAAAUGUGACUGGCUCCACCAUCAAUCAAAAGAACUUUCGUUUGUGGAAAGCAUCAUACCAAGCUGCUACUCGGGAGCUACAGCGAAUCUAUGGAAAGGAUGAAGUGAGCAUACCAUCUUGAGUUCAAUUUUCUUCUUGAGAACAGUGGUAGAUAUGUAAUCUGUUCAUAGUGAGUGAAUGGCAACUUAAUAGUUUAAAAGACUAUUUAAAAUUGAAAAGUUUUA